AUGCUUAGAAAAUUUUUUAGUACCACUUCUGUAAGAAGAAUUAGCAACGUUUUAGAAGAGAAGUCAUUUCAGGUAACUACUUAUGCUAGACCUGAAGAUUUAUGUAUUACUAGGGGUAACAAUGCUAAGUUAUAUGAUGAUAUAAAUGGUAGAGAAUAUAUUGACUUCACUGCUGGUAUUGCAGUGACUUCUUUAGGCCAUUCUAAUGAAGAAGUUAGUAAAAUAUUAGCAGAACAAUCAAAGAAAUUGGUUCACAGUUCUAAUUUAUAUUUCAAUAAGGAGUGUUUAGAUUUGAGCAAGAAAAUUGUAGAGCAUACUAAGGCCUUUGGAGGUCAAUACGAUGCUUCUAAGGUUUUCCUGUGUAAUUCAGGAACUGAAGCUAAUGAAGCAGCCUUAAAAUUUGCCAAGAAGCAUGGUAUCUUAAAGAGUAAAGAUAAAGAAGGUAUUGUGGCAUUUGAACAUUCAUUUCAUGGACGUACUAUGGGUGCAUUAUCUGUUACAUGGAAUGCCAAAUAUAGAACUCCAUUUGGCGAUUUGGUUCCUAAUGUUACGUUUUUGAACAUUAAUGAUCAAUUAACAAAAUUGCAAGAUUACAUUACAAGUAAUAAAGAUAAAUUAGCAGGUUUAAUCGUGGAACCUAUCCAAGGUGAAGGUGGUGUUUUCCCAGUUCCUAUUGAAACUCUACAAGGUCUAAAGAAGAUUUGUUCAGAAAAUGAUGUCAUUGUAAUUUACGAUGAGAUUCAAUGUGGCAUGGGAAGAUCAGGUAAGCUUUGGGCCCAUUCUUACUUACCAAAGGAUGCUCAUCCAGAUAUAUUUACUUCAGCGAAAGCAUUAGGUAAUGGUUUUCCAAUUGCUGCUACUAUUGUAAAUGAAAAAGUCAAUAAUGCAUUACAAGUAGGUGACCAUGGUACCACUUAUGGUGGUAAUCCAUUAGGUUGUGCAGUAAGUAAAUAUGUUAUUGACACUAUUUCUAACGAGCAAUUUUUGAAUGAAGUCUUGAGAAAGGGUGAAAUCCUAGAGAGUCGUUUGAAAGAUCUAAAAGAAAAGUUCCCAGAUCAAAUUGUGGAUAUUAGAGGUAAAGGUCUGAUGCUUGGUGCCGAAUUUAAAGAACCUCCUUCUGAAUUGAUCAAAAAGGCUAGGGAUUUAGGUUUAUUGGUGAUCACAGCGGGCAAAAGUACCGUAAGAUUUGUUCCAGCUUUAACAAUUGAAGAUGAAAAUAUUCAUCAAGGUAUGAAUAUAUUUGAAAAAGCCAUUAACGACGUUUAUGGUAACUGA